AUGAAUAUUUCUACUUCAACUAUUUUGACCAAGAGACAUGGUUUGAAAAAGGUAAUAGAGGAGGAGAAUGCCGCAACGUUGCAGUUAGGAGAAGAAUUUCAAUUAAAGCAAAUAAACCACCAGGGUCAAGAAGAGGAUCUUAUUGCGUUGAAUUUGAGUGAAGCUAGGUUGGUGAUUAAGGAAGCGUUGCAGCAUCGCAGACAGUUGUUUAAAAAGUGGAACCAUCAGGAUGCGAUUGAUGUGGAUGACGAGCAAGAUCAGGACCUGCACAAUCAAACACAGGAGAAAGAGUUACAGUCGAUAGAUAAACUGCUGGAGAAGACAACUGGCGGUCAAAACCAGGCGUUAAAACAGACUAUGAUUUAUUUGACGAAUUUUUCUCGUUUCAGGGACCAGGAGACAGUGACGGCAGUGACACAGUUACUGCAGUCAACUGGGCUGCAUCCGUUUGAGGUUGCCCAGCUAGGCUCUUUAUCAUGUGAAGAUGCGGAUGAGGCCAAGACUCUGAUUCCUAGUCUGAAUAACAAGAUUUCGGAUGAAGAUCUUGAGAGGAUUUUGAAGGAAUUAUCGAAUUUAGAGACGUUGUAUUGA